AUGUCCUACUCUCCUAUCUGCAAGAUGUUGUUCGAGCUCAAGCACAAGGGCCAGCCUCACUACAUCCGGAAGAGGCAAAAGAACGCCAAGCCAACCGGGUUGACAGUAGCACAACGACAGAUUGCCGCCCCUCCAGAGGGUGGCCAGCCCGCCUCCCCCCUUUACCAAUUUUUCGACAUCUCACAGUACCAGAAUGACUGGAAACCAACGAUUCGUCAGAUCAUGGACCGCCCCGAGUACGGAACCGAAUACGUCGAACUUGACAACGGAUUCUGGUACCUGCUGGAACUAGACGGCUCCUUCACCCACAUGACAGACCACGAGUUCCAAGACUUUUUGAAGUGGAAGAAGGAACAAGAGGCCGGGGAGAAUGGGGGAGGAGACGACAACGACUUGGAUACAUCAAUGGAAGAUUGGGAUGGCGAGGGCGAAGAUGCCCCGGAUCCUUCGCUCUCCAUGCUGAACUCGGAGAUUGAAGCCCUCGACGCCGAAAUGAAAGAUUUCGACUCUGAACUCAAAAGGUCCAGCUAG